AUGACUUCAUUUUCUGGUUCAUCGGAAAGUGAACUCGGUGCAGGUGGUAAUGUUAAAUUGCUUUCCAGUAAACUGAAUUUUAAGAAAGUACAUUCGCGUGUAAGUUCCUUUGAUAUUAAUCAUAUUCCAAGAGGUGGUGAUAAAAAUUAUAUUUUAAGCCUUACAAAUAUAAAAUUUCAUGUCAGUUCUUUGGAUAAUAUUCAACACGGUGGUGAUGUUAGAAUAUUUGAUGAAAAAUUAAAAUUUAGAGAAUUAUCUACUCCAAAAAAAAUUAAUCAUUCUUCCAUCACUUCUAAGGUUGAUUCUUCAGUUAUUGCUGAUAAUAGUCCCAUGUCUUCUCUCGCUUUAGAUGAUGUUUCUGAAGAUGAUAAUGAUAGUCCUCCCUCACAUGAGGAAUAUCAGACUUUUAUAUAA